AUCACCGUCACACCUCUCUACACAUUCACCACCCUCUGUCUAAACACCUCCCAGAGGGCCGGAGGAAAAAGCCCGGAAGAAAGAGGAAGGACUCAGGACGGAGGAGGAGUUCAUCUAUGGGAUCAGCUCCCCCGAUAGAUGAGGAUGAAGAGGAUGAAGAGGUGGAUGAAGAUUCUUGUAGCCAGCAGGAUAAAGAGGGCAAUGUCACCACCACACCUACACCGGAAACGGACACAGAGGUGGACGCACAGUUUUUUGUAUCAGAAGAUGAUCCCGACUCCACUGUAAAGAAGAACGGUAAAGCCUCACCACAACGAAAGCUGCCAAUCAUACCCCAUUCAACGCUUCACACCAGUAUCAGCAUCCCAGAAAAUGUUGCAACAACUGC